GCUGACCAUGUUCAUCCCUUUAUGACCACAGUGUACCCAUCUUCUGAUGGCUACUUCCAGCAGGAUAACACGCCAUGUCAUAAAGCUGGAAUCAUCUCAGAUUGGUUCACUGUUCACUGUCCUCAAAUGGCCUCCACAGUCACCAGAUCUCAACCCAAUAGAGCACCUUUGGGAUGUGGUGGAACAGGAGAUUAGCAUCAUGGAUGUGCAGCCGACAAAUCUGCGGCAACUGCGUGAUGCUGUCAUGUCAAUAUGGACCAAACUCUCUGAGGAAUGUUUCCAGUACCUCGUAGAAUCGAUGCCAGGAAGGAUUAAGGCGGUUUUGAAGGCAAAAGGGGGUCCAACUCAGUACUAGCAAGAUGGACCUAAUAAAGUGGCCAUUGUUUAUUGCCAAAAGUAUUCAAUCACCCGUUCAAAUUAAGUUUACACGUUCUGAACUCUUCCUUUUGCCACAGGUUUACAAAUGAAGCAUCUGAGCAUGCAGACUUAUUCUGCAGACUUUUUGAAAGAAUUGAACCACCUGUGUCUGAGCUCACAAAUAAAGUUUUUGGAAGGAUGGGCAAACAUUUCUAUAAAUACACUCCUAACCCUUGUGGAAAGCCUUAUCAGAAGAGUUGAAGAUGUAGCUGCAAAAGGUCAUUCUAAACCAUUUGGAAUAAAAAAUGCAAGACAAAAAACACUUACAGUCCCACUUGUAUCACACCAGUUGGGUUGUGCCAUGCCGACAAGGCUUUAUUGCCAUCCCUGGCUCCACUAAAACUAUUUUUACCAGCAGCACCCAGGCACAGUUAACAAACAAAAUAGAAUAGGAUGUUGUAUCAAGCCGUAUUACUCGUGAGAUCCUCUGUAGCACCACAACUCUGUUCUUGAGUCUAGGGGCCAGGGUGAUGAGAGGCCUCUACACCACUGCAAGGGCCCCGGGACGUAGGAAAGCAAUCACAGCCACUGAAAGAGCGAUACUUUGUAUCCAGAUGGUCUUUGGGAUGCCCCAACUGGAAUGCAUCUCAUUUGAAAGAGAAGCCUCUGCUAGAUCUUCUAAAGACAAGUGGAUACUUUUGGCAAUAUAUAAUGUAUGUGAAGAAUUGAAUGUUUGUCUCCAUGUCAUGGUAAUAAUGAAAGUGUUUUAGGUUUCCGUUUCCCGCUCAUCUGUCGAGUCUCGUUUCUGUUUCACUGUUUUGUAUGUGAGAAUGAAAGACCUCUGCUUUUCUCAAACCCCACUCCCUUAAAAGGAUGUCCCUUUUUCUUAGAAUCACUAUUCUAAAAAUCCAGUCAUGGAAACUCUAGUUCAACUGAAAAACAGCAAAUUUCUGAUGGGACUUUGUCGCAAUGGUCCUCCGUCUGACCUCCAGUAUGAUAACUCCUCAGAACUUUUUCGCUUCUCCACCUUUGCCCGUUUCCCGACUUCAGUGGUCACAGAGCGGAGUCUGGCCAGGGCAGGUUGGUUCUACACCGGCGUAGGCGACCGCGUCCAGUGUUUCAGGUGUAAUGUGACGGCGGAGGGCUGGCUGGCUGGAGACUGCCCGACAGAGAAACACAGGCAGCUCUCCCCCACCUGUCCCUUCAUCCAAAGCCUCCCAUCCACCACCAACCUUCUCUCCUCGUCUCACUCGGCCUUUUCUCCGCUCCGCAUUGCCCAAGCCAUGCCUCUUUCUGGUCAAGGCCCGGCUGCUUCUAACCCCUCAGGAGGCCAAAGUGAGGAGGCAGUUGGCUACUUGAACAUGGCCUUCUCUGCCCCUCCACCCUCCAGCCCGCUGGCCUCUCGGGGUGUGGAGGAUCUGUCCCACCAGAGGCCGACGUGCCACAACCCCAGCAUGCGCAGAGAGCAGGACCGCCUAGAUUCCUUCCAGCCAUGGGCAAUUUCCAUUAUCACUCCUGCAGAGCUCGCCAAGGCGGGUUUCUACUACCUGGGACAAAAUGACAGAGUGGCCUGUUUCAGCUGUGGAGGACAGCUGAGUAACUGGGAGCCAGGUGACAGAGCUGUGUCCGAGCACCAAAGACAUUAUCCCAACUGCCGGUUUGUCCGUGGGGACAGAGCUGACAAUGUGCCAUUGGUCGCUGGGGCGACAGCAUUGUCGGCGGCUGCAUCUUCAGGAGCCCUUGCCCUCACCAGCGUGUCCAACCCGUCCAUGCAGCAAAGCGAAGACAGGCGCCUCACGUUUGUUAACUGGCCAUCACGAAUACCUGUGCGCCCAGAACAGCUGGCCAAAGCUGGAUUCUACUACGUAGGAAGAAACGACGACGUCAAGUGUUUCUGCUGCGAUGGAGGCCUGCGGUGCUGGGAGUCUGGAGAUGACCCGUGGGUGGAACACGCUAAAUGGUUUCCUCGGUGUGAGUAUUUGCUCCAGGAGAAGGGACAAGAUUUUGUUCAUCAGAUUCAAGCUCGCUUUCCUCGACUCUUUGAGCAGCUUCUAACAAACGGAGAAAACAGUUCCAGAGAGUUUGUAGAUCCACCUGUGGUCCAUUUGGGUCCAGGAGAGGACCGGUCCGAGGAUGCCGUAAUGAUGAACACUCCUGUGAUCAAAUCCGCUUUAGAGAUGGGCUUCGAGCGCAGCCUGGUGAAGCAAACUGUCCAGAGCAAGAUUCUGACCAGCGGAGAGAAUUACCGGACUGUUCAAGAGCUGGUCUCAGACCUGCUGAGCGCUGAGGACCAGAAACGGGAGGAGGAGCGGGAGAUGCUGGCAGAGGCCAUGGCAUCAGAUGGUUUCACGUUUGUGAAGAGACACCAGGCGGCACUAAUCCAGCGUCUGAAGAGCGUCGAACCAGUGCUGGAGCAUUUAAGAGAACAAAACGUGUUGUCUGCUGAGGAAUAUGGCAGUCUCCUGGCUCAAACAUCUGCCCAACAACAAACUGCAAGACUAAUAGAGUUGGUCCUGAACAAGGGAAACGCCGCUGCAGAAGUCUUCCGCAACUGGAUCCAGAAAAACGAUGUUCAUCUACUCAGAGAUCUCAUGGCUCAGUCAAAUGAAGCAUCCUCUCCAAGUCAAGAUCUUUCAGAUCUCCCAAUGGAGGAGCAGCUCCGACGUCUGCAGGAAGAGCGCACAUGCAAGGUCUGCAUGGACAAAGAAGUCAACAUUGUGUUCAUCCCAUGUGGACACCUAGUGGUGUGCAAAGAAUGCGCCCCAUCACUGCGAAAGUGCCCGAUCUGCCGAGGCCUGGUCAAAGGCACGGUCCGAACCUUCCUGUCUUAGCCUCGGUGCAUCACAGCCAAAUGACAACACUGUUUAUUACUGGCAGAGAAGACACCUUUCUUCUCUCAUUUAGACGGUUUUAUUUCUUAGUGAGUUACAGAAGAUACCAGAGAAACAUGGACAGGCAUUGGCUGAGCCGUGUGUGAAGUUAGCACCAAGUUUGUUUGGGUUUUUUUGUAACUAAAACAAAUUGUAAAAUAUUUUGCACACAUUAAGUUAAAACAUAAUAUAUUAAAAUUUCACUUUGUAAAUGA